CCAGAUUAUUUCUCAAAGAACUAGUGAGAUGUGCAAUAGGUCAUCUGAUAAUAGACAGAGCUGUUUAGCCCGUCUAGCUAAAAGAGACGUGCAAUGCCGCCUUGAGACAUGAGCUGGGCCGCAAUUCGCCAGCGAAAGUUGGUGGAGUUUCCUUGGCGGAGCUGUCAUGGUUAUGAAUCGACGAAUCUGGGAUCUGGGCAGAGAUCGAGGCCUCAGGCGUUGCUGUGGCACCCUAUUUGCCCGCUCUCGCUUGUCUUGGUGUCUUAUUACGCACAUCCCCCUUUGACCAAGGCUUAUUUCGUAGAGGUUAAAAGCCAGGGCGGCCGUGCCUUAUUGUGCAGUGCCCCACGGACAACCUGCGAAAGCGUGAACAUCCAUUUUCGUAACCAGUGCAGCGAUAUUGACUCGUCACAAACGCUUGAUCUGCGCUGCCUUGGUUGGAAUAGUUGAAUGAUAUAUAAGUCUGCUGAAAGAUGAUUUUGUGUGCUUGACACGCCUCUAAUCCAUCCCUCUUGUCCUUGCAGUGCACUGCCGCGG